UAAUCUGCGAACCAAACUUCAUUACAAAAGGUCUCUCCCACAUACAAAAUAUAAAAUUACCUCUCCCUCGGUUGGUCAAUUCAAAAAUGUCAAAUUCUAUAGUGGCUAAUUCUUGACGAAAACUGAAUCUUUCCUAUUCUAAUUGUUGAGUCGAUCGAGAGAGGACAUUAAAAGCGGGACAGGACGGGACUGGAAGAAAGGGAAGGCAGAAGCAAUCCCAAAGGAUCAGAUCAGAUCGUAUCAUCUGGAAAGUAAAAACUGCCAAUGACAGCCACAGCCAUAGGGCGGCUAUUUUAUGGAUGCCCGCGGAUUGGUCGCAAGCUCAUCGACACAUCCCGGACUCUGACCUUGGGCUUGUGGCGCACCAUGGUCCUCACUGUGACGGAUCGUGAUCGGGAUGCGGAUCGCGAAAGAGUUUGCUUAAAAUCGGGCGAUCAUCCCAGUAUAAUGGAGGAUCCGACAAUAAGGCAACCAAAUUUAUGUUUCGGGUUAAUUCUGCACAAUCGGAGUAUACCCAACAUGGUGUACAUGGCUAACAGACGACACUACUCCACCUAUGAGAAGACUUCAACGCAGAUCCUCUCGAAGCUCUUUCCCCAGACCUCGGAGGAACCCAAUGACAAGGAGAGCCGAGAGCGCCGCCGUCGCGAGGAAGAGGAGGAGCUUCAGGAAAUGGAGCGAGCCUGGAAGCGGAUGAAGCUCGGAUUCGGCGUUUUUAGCAUUGGUGGUCUGCUUUUCUCGUUUUGGGCUAUAUAUCAUUUUGGAAAGCCGAAGGUGGAUGAGAAGGGCAACGAGGUGUUGGACGAGUUUAGCAAAUUGCCAUUGGCGGAACAAUAUAUGGCUCGAACGUGGAAGUCGGUUAAUAACUUCCAGCGCUUUAUUCAGGAGCCAUCCAGCCAGAAGCUUUUGCCGGAGCCCCUGCAGGCUCCGUAUGUCCAGCCACCGUAUACGCUGGUCCUUGAAAUCAAGGAUGUCUUGAUGCAUCCCGAUUGGACCUACGAGACGGGUUGGCGCUUCAAGAAACGGCCCGGUGUGGAUGUGUUUUUGCGUGAGUGCGCCAAGUACUUCGAGAUCGUGAUAUAUACGGCGGAGCAGGGCAUCACAGUAUUUCCCCUGCUGGAUGCCCUCGAUCCAAAUGGGUAUAUUAUGUACCGUCUGGUUCGGGACUCGACCCACUUUGUGGGCGGACAUCAUGUCAAGAAUCUGGACAAUCUAAAUAGAGAUCUGAAGCGGGUAGUGGUGGUGGACUGGGAUAGGAACUCUACUAAGAUGCAUCCCAAGAACUCUUUCUCAAUACCGCGUUGGUCUGGCAACGACGAUGAUACGACUUUGUACGAUCUGGUCUCGUUUCUGAGCGUCCUGGGCACCAGCGAGGUCGACGAUGUGCGCGAGGUCCUGCAGUACUACAACCAGUUCGAGGAUCCAAUAUCACAGUUCCGGGAGAAUCAGCGCAAGCUCAGCGAGCAGAUGCAGGCGGACGAGCUGGAAAGGAGGAGCAAGACCCAGCCGAUCGUCAAGAGCUGGACUCGUGGCUUCAUAAAGCAUUAAAAAGGUUGUGGUUCUCCUGAUACGUCUGUGACUUUUGGUUUUCAUCCGAUUUUGUUAGUAAUUUCCCAAGUAAUUCAAAACUGACAAUACAUUUUUUGCAAAAAAUCAAGAAA